UGAAUUAUGCAAUUUGGAGUCAUCGUUCGGGAUCAUGCGAUGUGGCUGACGAUUAAAACGGAGUCGUAGGGUUUUUCAACAGUGCAGCCUCCAUAUAUUGGUGGCCUUUCGAAGAGUGCCUUCCAAUGAGCGCAGAGAUGGGCAGAAAGAAGGAAGGGUACGGAUGGGCAGUAUCAGCUGGAAUCAACGCCGCUCUCGCUGCCAUAGCUGCUAAGUUCUUUUACAAUCAGUUUGUUAGAUAUAGUCUGGUUGUGAUAUGUAAUGUUACAAUGUGGGGAUGUUACGUUAACAGCCUUAAAGUUCUUUCAUCUCUGCAAGCUACAGUGACGAACUUUGCCACGAAUUUCCUCUCCUCUGGUCUAGCAGGAUUUUUGUUUUUUGAGGAAGCAUUAUCAGCUCAGUGGUUUGCAGGUGCCUUACUCAUUGUAAUUGGUGUAGUGAUACUUAGCAAGUCAAGUAUAGAACGAAAGCCAAGCAUUGAUUAGAAGCUUCAUUGGUGGAUCUACAUCUACUUCUGCUCUUAUUAGGUUAAACAAUUGAUAUGCCUUUUGGUUUAUUGAAGCAAAGCUUUAAGAUGAUAUUUCUGAGAGUCACUAGAAGCUGUUGCAGUGAUCAUGUGUUCUUAUUUGGUAAGAUACAAGAGCCAUUGUCAGUCAAUGUAGGUUCAAAUCUGUUAGAGCCAUUGUCAGUCAAUGUUGGUUCAAAUCUGUUACCCGACUUUUUGGUGUAGUAGGGAUGUGCUAUAUGCUAACAUCUAUUUGUUGUCGAGUACCGUUUGAUGGAUCUAUCAUAGCAUAUGAUGAAUUGGCAAGAAAAUAUUGAUAAUUA